CUCCACUUCUUGCCGUUUAGGCGUUUUUCACAUAGGGACCGACCCGGCGGCCACUGGCAGAAACACAACGACACGGACUCCCACAACACAUUUAGGAUUUUAACCCCCUUUAGAUUAAAUUAAAUAUUUAAGAGGCAAAUAUGGCAACUGAAAACAUGGAAAUGAACGGAGAUGCAGACGGAGAGAACGGAGGAGAGGUUCCACACCUUAGGGGCAGGAAUCACAGGGCGACGGGGGGUGCUCUGAACAUGAACCACUACGCCAAUAAGAAGAGUGCAGCAGAGAGCAUGCUGGACGUGGCAUUACUCAUGGCCAACGCCUCCCAGCUGAAGGCUGUCCUGGAGCAGGGCCCAGGUUUCACCUUCUACAAACCUCUCAUCACUCUCAUCUCCAUCUCCCUCAUCCUGCAGGUCACAGUGGGCAUCCUGCUCAUCUUCAUCGUAAAGUGGAACGUGAACGAUGAGAGCAUGCACUUCAAGCUGAACAUUAUGGAGAAUGUCACCACAGCACUCGUCUUCAUCAUUGUUGUAGUCAAUGUCUUCAUCACAGCAUUUGGCGUCCAGAAGCCCAACACCAACUCCUAACUGCCCUCACUCCUUACCCAUGGUCAUCAGAUAGUACACAGGCCAGAGAAUUUCAGGGAUCCAGUCUUCCAUAGGCCUCAAGCCAUCAGGUUCUCUGUUACGUCAAAGACAAUGGAUAGAUCAACUCUACAGGACUCACACUGGCCUUUCAUAUCCACAGCCAGUCAACAUUUCAGAGGCAAUUACAAACUCAGAGUUGACCAUCUUUGUCUUUCCAUAUUCAUUUCUCAGGAUCUCAAUCAGAUUCAUUAUCAAGAUCAGAAUUUGUCAACUUUGUCUUCCCCUGGUCAUUUACCCUACUUCAUGUUGUUACGUCACACACUUCAUCAGUUGCUAUUUACAUGCUGUUAGAACAUUACAUUGUUCAAUGACCAAUGGCGUUCAUUUAUUGCCUUUUCAAAUAUCAAAUUUAUUUAUAUAGCCCUUCGUACAUCAGCUGAUAUCUCAAAGUGCUGUACAGAAACCCAGCCUAAAACCCCAAACAGCAAGCAAUGCAGGUGUUGAAGCACGUUGGCUAGGAAA